AUUUAUGAUGAACUUAUACCAAUGGUCCAUAUGUCUAGCUUCAAUUGAAUGCUUAUGCAAAUCAGUAGUUGGCUUGGCUUUCCUUGACACUCUCGAUGAUCAAUACUAUUGCUAUUCCAGACCCUCUCUAGCUACUAUCUAGGCUAUUAAUUCUUCCAAGUUUUCAAUGUUUCCGUGUAUACGACAAUGUUUUAAAAACCACAAUGGAUGGUUCAAUGAGUUGAACUGUGAACCAUUACGACCUACAAAUUGGUUAUUUGAGCAGGCUGACAGCGGUCUUGUCUUGGUUCGAGCGGUUUAAAGCCGUUGAGUUGUGUUUUGUAGGUCUCACCAGUUCGAUGUCUAGUACGGUUUUGAAAACAUUGGUGUUGUAUGUUUUGGAUUAAUUUAUCCUGUGGAUCACUUUACCUUUUCAUUGAUGAUUGUGCCUGCGACUUUUGAAGACUUGCCUUGUUAUUCUUGAUUCAGUGUAUGGAGUUGAAUAAAUGAAGUCACAGAUCAAAGUUACUCUUGCUAUUAUUAUUAGUUUGCUCUGGAUUCAACACUCCUUUUGUGAUGAAGCAUCUGAUACAGCUAGCCUAAACAAGUGGAAAUGUAGAUGUUCUUCUUUCGAAGGAAACCAAAGCAACUCUCUUGCUAAUUGUUCCAAGUCAUGUGAUUGCCAUUCAGAUGCUGUAGAGGGUGGUGCAUCCAUAUGGACAUGCAUAUGUGAUCCCAAUGGAUUUCCUCAAGUGGCAGAAGAUGGUCAUAGUGCUAAGUGCUUUCAUGCUUGCAACUGCACAUGGGGAACUGUCAGCACGUCAUCAGGUUCAAAGAAACACAUUUCCAGCAAGGUUGUUGUAAUUGUCCUAUUAAUAUGUGUUAUAUGCACAACCAUUGCGUUGCUUACCACAGUUGUAUGCUACAUCUACCGAAAGAAGCAAUACCAUAUUCAAUCACCAAUAUUCUCAGUAGAUAAGGAAACAAGUAGUGGUAGUACCGCCAACCUAAUCAGUCAUCGGACAGGAACUUCUUCAGUACCAGAAACAACCUUUUUUGUGAAUUCUCCUAUUUGUCAUAUCACGGGAUGCUUUACGAAACCCUCUUUUUUGUUUGGGAGCCAAAAAGAAACUUUUCAUGGAAAUAUUACUCAAUUUUCAUUUGGUGAACUAGAAAGUUCCACUGAUAACUUUUCAGCCACCAACCUUAUUGGAGUAGGCGGAAGUAGUUAUGUAUACCGUGGUCGGCUGAGAGAUGGUAACAUUGUGGCAGUUAAGAGACUAAAAGAUCAAGCAGGGCCAGAAGCAGACUCUGCAUUUUUCAAGGAGAUUGAAUUAAUAUCUAGACUUCAUCAUUGUCAUUUGGUGCCUUUGCUUGGAUACUGCUUAGAAUCGAAAGGAAAACACAUGCAGAGGUUACUAGUAUUUGAGUACUUGAUUAAUGGAAGUUUGAGGGACUGGUUAGACGGAGUUUCUGGAAAAUACCUGGAUUGGACUACUCGUGUUACGAUUGCAAUAGGAGCAGCAAGGGGCUUGGAAUAUCUCCAUGAAGCAGCUGCUCCAAAAAUUCUUCAUAGGGAUGUGAAAUCAACCAACAUUCUUCUGGAUGAAAAUUGGCAAGCAAAAAUAACUGAUCUUGGUAUGGCGAAAAACUUGAGAUCUGAUGACCUACCAAGCGGUUCAGAUUCUCCAGCAAGAAUGCAGGGGACAUUUGGCUAUUUUGCACCCGAGUAUGCUAUUAUUGGUAGAGCCUCGCUUGAAUCAGAUGUCUUCAGUUUUGGUGUGGUACUUCUUGAGCUUAUCAGUGGUCGACAUCCUAUUCAUAAAACUACCGGCAAAGAAGAAAGCCUUGUUAUAUGGGCUUCUCCUCGUUUACAGGAUAGUAGGCGAGUAAUAUCGGAGAUAGUUGAUCCACAAUUGAAAGGAAACUUCCCAGAGGAAGAGGUGCAUAUAAUGGCAUAUCUAGCAAAGGAAUGCUUGCUGCUGGAUCCCGACACUCGACCAACCAUGAGUGAGGUUGUUCAAAUUCUUUCUAGUAUUUCACCGGGCAAAUCAAGAAGGAGAAGAAACAUUCCCACCAGCUUGUUUCAGGAACCAGAGGAUGUAGAAACGAAAAGGCAAGCACAAUCCGGUGAAUUUCCAACUCAUAAUUUAUCACCACUAGACACCGAUUACAAUCCGUGUCUUGGAAACAAAAAUAGAGAAGAAGAUGCAGUUUCAGCUGAGUAUAUGGAAAGUUUGAUCCUCUUAGCAUCUAAGUCUAAUAGCUCGCAUUCAUCAGAAGAGGAAAUGGUAGACAUAACUGAGCCCCGGUUCGAAUCAUUUUGCAUGACAAAUGGCACUGUGACUUGAAAACACAAACCAUGAAUACCAAUACUUUUUGUGCAUUGCUCAAUGGGAUAUAUCAUAAGAGAUGCUGCAAUGAAUUCUGGUUGAGAUUAUGUUCUACAUUUUGUUUCACUUCUGUUUUGAAUUGAAAUGCACGUAGGUGUUAUUAGAUAUUAUAAGCACAAAAAAUAUAUCAAAUGUAUUCUUGUACAGAAAAGCUUAGGAGGACUAUAUUUUUUAGGACGAAUAUACACAUGUUUCCUGUUUAGGAGUAUACUUGUAGGAGUAUUAUUGACGGGACAUGAAUGUAGCUUUGUUUGUUUAUUGUUGAAGAGCUUGUUAUUUUGUGGCUAGGAAAGAGAUGUUUUUAUUUUUAGCUUAUAAUUAGUUUCUAA